AUGAGACCUAUUCCAGGAACUUUCCGGUUUGGAUGGGUGGUGUUUUGGGACACAGUUCUCUUCUCCCUUUACUACACCGCUUAUCGAGCUGAUUAUGAUGUUUUCGAGGAAUCUGAUGAAACGUCAAGUCAAGAUUCAACGGAAGAUAACGUAGCCUUCAUUCUGGAUCUUCUCAAACUUCUGAUCUCUGGAACAUCUUUGGAAAACUUCUUGACUUCGAAAGAGAGUGCUUCCAGACUUAAGCAGAGUCUUCGACUUGUUACAAAGGCGCUGGACAUUGGUGAUGCACUUGAGGAAGUCCAGAAUGGCUCCGCCGAUGGAAAAUCUCAACGUUCGCAGAAUCGCUUCAUCCAUCGACCCCACUUUCAUCGAGUACAGAAACAGUCGUGA